AUCCCAGAGUAUAAGAUGGCUAGGUGGGUGCCCUCUGUCCUUUGCCGGCGGGGCUCUGUAGGCGCCAUGGGGCUGAGCUACGGGCUCUUCAUCUGCUUUUUGCUCUGGGGAGGCACCGAGCUGUGCUGCCCCCACCCCAUCUGGUUCCUCCAUGAUGAAACCGGUAGCGCCGAGUCUGCCGUGCCCCCCACGCCCCCCUCACCUCCUGUUCUGGUGGAGUGCCUGGACGCCCAGCUGGUGGUCACUGUCAGCAAAAACCUCUUUGGCACCGGGAAGCUUGUGAGGCCUUCAGACCUGACCCUGGGCCCUGAGCACUGUAAGCCCUUGGCCUCGGAGGACACGGCCGCCGUGGUCAGGUUUGAGGUUGGCCUGCAUGAGUGUGGAAACCGUGUGCAGGUGACCGGCGAUGCCCUGGUGUACAGCACCUUCCUGCUCCACAGACCCCGCCCGGUGGGGAACCUGUACAUCCUGAGGACUGACCCCGCCAAGGUCCCCAUCGAGUGCCACUAUCCCAGGCAGGGCAACGUGAGCAGCCAGGCCGUCCUGCCCACCUGGGUGCCCUUCCGGACCACGGUGCUAUCUGAGGAGAAGCUGGAUUUUUCUAUGCGCCUGAUGGAGAAGGACUGGAACGCUGAGAAGAGGAACCCCACCUUCCGGAGAGGCUUCUUUGGCAAGGGUGUGCCAUUCCUUCGGAGAAUUGGACAGGGAGGUAUUGCAGCCUGCCUAGAAGAGGGGAACUCUGUUGGCGCUAUCUCUGACCAGUGCAUGCUGGCUUCACAGCAGACGAUCUAUAUCACCUGCCAUCUGAAAGUCACUCCGGAUGAGCAAGCCCCAGACCGGCUCAACAAAGCCUGCUCCUUCAACAAGACGACCAAUAGUUGGCACCCUGUGGAAGGCACAAGUGACAUCUGUGAGUGCUGUAACCAGGGCAACUGUGGCGCGCCGGAUCCUCCCAGGAGGCUGCCCCCUGUAGACCAGCUGUCGGUGAGCCAGUGGCAGAAGCUGGUGUCCCGCAAACGGAGACAGGUGACAGAAGAAGCAGACCUUACGGUGGGGCCACUGAUCUUCCUGGGAAAGGCUGGUGACCACAGGAGGGAGGGCUGGACCUCUGCUGCUCACAGCUCCGUGAGCCUGGCUUUAGGUCUGGUGGUGGUGGUGGUGACCCUGAGCCUGGCUGCUGUGGUCCUGGGCCUUGCCAGGUGGCAGCGUACAAGCUCCUACCCUGUGCUGUGUCCCGCGUAUGCUUCCCAAUAAAGAAAAAGCAAUCUCUCUGAA